CGCACAAGGCUCGCCUAAGGUUUGCAUCUCUUGAAAGGAGAGGGAAGAGGAGCCCCAAGUGGAGCGUUGUGUUUCAGGGGGUGGGGAAGAAGUUUUUAUCCCCCACAGUAAAGCUGUGGGAAAGCAGGAGCAACAGGGUACUUGAUUGGACACCAAGACGAAGCAUUUCCUGUCAAGGGAAGGAAACAGGCAGCAGCGAGGUCCGGGGCCAGGGUGUGGUGGUGGCAACGGCCAGGGCCUGGGAGGGUCCCGGUGGGACAGUCAACAACAGCUUCACAGGGAAACGCUCUGCACCAAGCGGAACAAUGACUCAUUUACAAGCUGGCCUCUCUCCUGAGACCCUCGAAAAAGCUCGGUUGGAGCUCAAUGAGAACCCAGACACACUGCACCAGGACAUCCAGGAGGUAAGGGACAUGGUCAUCACCAGGCCAGACAUCGGCUUUCUGCGCACAGAUGACGCCUUCAUCCUACGGUUCUUGCGGGCUAGGAAGUUUCAUCACUUUGAGGCCUUCCGCCUCCUGGCUCAAUACUUUGAGUACCGGCAGCAGAACCUGGACAUGUUCAAAAGCUUCAAGGCCACUGACCCUGGCAUCAAACAGGCGCUGAAGGAUGGCUUCCCUGGGGGCCUGGCCAAUCUGGACCACUAUGGCAGGAAGAUUCUAGUCCUUUUUGCUGCCAACUGGGAUCAGAGCAGGUACACGCUGGUGGAUAUUUUGCGUGCCAUCUUACUUUCUUUAGAAGCCAUGAUUGAAGAUCCCGAGCUUCAAGUGAAUGGAUUUGUCUUGAUCAUAGACUGGAGUAACUUCACCUUCAAACAAGCCUCUAAACUUACACCAAGCAUGCUGCGACUAGCUAUUGAAGGCCUUCAGGAUAGCUUUCCAGCUCGAUUUGGAGGAAUUCAUUUUGUCAAUCAGCCAUGGUAUAUCCAUGCCCUGUACACUGUGAUCCGGCCUUUCUUAAAGGAGAAGACUCGGAAAAGGAUAUUUUUGCAUGGGAACAAUCUGAACAGUCUACACCAACUAAUUCAUCCUGAGAUCCUGCCCUCUGAGUUUGGAGGAAUGCUGCCCCCUUAUGAUAUGGGAACAUGGGCAAGAACACUGCUAGACCAUGAGUAUGAUGAUGACAGUGAAUACAAUGUGGACUCCUACAGUGUGCCUGUGAAAGAAGUAGAAAAGGAACUCUCCCCCAAGGCCAUGAAGAGAUCCCAGUCAGUGGUGGAUCCUACAGUACUAAAACGCAUGGAUAAAACUGAGGAAGAAAACAUGCAACCUUUGCUUUCUUUGGACUAAUAACUUCUCUACAUCUCUCCUGUGGAUUAGAAGUGGAAGGUACUGGUUUUCAGCAACAGGGACAGCACUGUGGAGGAAUUACCAGAUGGAGACCUGUUUAUUGAUGUUAAUAUAGCUUAAUAUAUGAUAAAGCACCAGGCUUUUCCAUUUGCCUGAACCAUAGGUGACCUGGGCUGGAAAAUAAAACAGAGAGUCAAUAAUUUAUUCUGUAAGUGCCAAGUUCAUUGUAAAUAUAAUGUACUCUUCAUGCCAAGUUUGUAAAUUUUGGUAAUAAUUUAAUGGAAAACGAAUGACUCAAAAGUUGGUGCCAGUGAUAUUAACUUUAACAACAAGCAGAGAAGACACAUAAACAAAAAUUAAUUAAAUGUAGCCCUGUUUCCUAUGAGCCAUAUUUCAGCUACCAUAGUGACCAUUUUAUUGUUUUUCUCUAAAAUUAUCAAUAUAAAGACCAACUUUGAAUGGACACAGGGGGCUGAAUAAUUCUUGGCAAUUAUUAUGAUUAAUGUAUCUCCUGUCUAGUGAUUUUCAUUUCAGAGAAAUUGUAUCCUGGGACUAUCACUGGCCUUACAUUUUGGAGCAAAGAAUGGCAGAUGAGCUGGUGAACUGAACAUGUGAACUCUUCUAUGUUGUUUGAUUCUGGAGUUUUGCAAAAAAAAAAAAAAAAAAAAAAGAAAAAAGAAAAUGUUUAGCCAAUUAUGUUGUGGAACUCUGCAACAGAGUGGAUUCUUUUAAAACUACUGUCUUCACAAUGUGCCCUUGUUUCGAGACCCUAUGGUAUCCCUAUCUGAUAAAUUUAAGAACAUUUUCCUCCCAACACUCUAAUCAAGAGAGUGAGAACUCAUAUAUGAAUAAUGUUUUGAAAGCUAGUUUUGAACAUAGAAUUUGCCACUCACAGAUAAGGGGCUAAUUUAUAAUUAUUGUGCACUGGUUGAAAAAAUAUAUAUAUAUUCACACCCACAACGUAUAUAUUUUUAAUGAGCUCUAAUCAAUCCUUGAUGUGAUAAGCUUAUAAAAUAAAUCACAAAUAUUCAAUGGUAUUAGAGAUGUAUGUUAUAGAUAAUUAAAUGAGAUAUGAACACUAGACAACCACUUCACCUUCUGAAGUUAAUGAAAAUGAGAAAUAGUGAAAUAUACUCUCAGUGUAUCUAUUAAUGGAAUAAUCCAUUUAAUUUAUAAUGCAGUCUUGAAAAUGUGCCACUUUAGUGGCAUAUAUUUUUCCUUUAAAGAGUCAAGAGAUUUCAACAUAAUGUAGAUGUCAAGUGACAAGUAAAAUGAUUUUUUCUCAUACUUUAAUUAUCAUAAUGAUUCUGUGUGUACACAUUUCUGUUCAGAAAAUAUUGAAAGAAUGUAUUGCAUUGAGGAGAUAUAUGAGGAGGUGAAAUUAAAGCAUCUGAGGGCAUCUAAGACAGUUUAUACUAAUUUAAAUCUAUAUUUAGAAUUCAUUUAUUAUUUAAAUUUUUAUUUCAUAAGAAUUCUAUAGUUGUAGCUACUUCUGAAAAUCUUAUUUUAAAUUUCAAAUUCCAAAGUGUAAAAGAAUGAUUUUUAUCAUCAUUUCAAUGUGAUGAAUUUUAAGAUUGAGAAUUUAUCAUUAAAAUAUUCUUUUGAAAGAGAAAAGUAUCUCUAAGAACUCUUGGCAACCAACAGAAGUAAAGGCCUCCACACACUUUGUAGCCAAAAACUCCAAAUACUCUAGUUAUAAUUCUACUGUCAAAACCUUAAAAACAAGGUCAGUAUACCAAUCUCCAGUCCAGCAAUAGACUAGUGAAAUAAAAAUACAUAAAUUAACAUGAGUGAAAGAUACCAUAAUAACAAUGUCAACCUUGAGUUAAAUUCAUAAUUAUGACUACCAGGUACUCUAUUCCACCUGUGACUAUCACAGAGAUUGGGGUGAACUGGGGAUAAGAAUUCACAGCAAUUCUCAAUCUUUCUGAGAUCCCUAGUUAUUAACCUCAUUUUUUUGCCCACCUGACACACAUUUUAUAGCUUUGGGCUUUAUAUGCUAUAUAAACAAGUGUUAGCUUGUAUGAUCUAUUGGAAUGAAGUAAAAGUAAAUGUAAUUACAGAAGGGCAGUCAGUUGUUCAUUCUCAUGAGUUUCUUUUGAUGUUCACCAUUUGUUGCCAGGUUUCAGAAUUCUACCAGCUUCAAAUGUCAACCAACAUACCCAACUUCUUUCCCAAAUCCUGAAGUUAGUAUUAUAUAUGACUAGAAAGUCGUAUUUUAUCUGUGUAUCUAUCUAAUUAUAAAUACCAUUCAUACUCUUUGCCUAACCUACAUUUGGAAAUUGCACUGGAAUUGCUACACGGCUGUUCUUCAAGUGAGCAAUUGAGAGUUGGCUAGGUUGUACGAAAUAUUUCAAAAUGAGUGAACACAUUACAACAGUGAUGCCUUUUGAAAAUGCUCUAUCUAGCUCAGACUGUGAAUAAACUCAUUUUCCAGUAAUGUUUGUGAAGCUGCUUAGUCAAGGGAUAUUUGUUCAACUUCAUAAAUUUUGCCCUCAGCACCAGUUAACUAGCAGUGUUUGGAAAUUUUUCCCUCAUGUGAUUUUCUGUGUCACAUUGCUAUGUCUGUUAUUAUGUAAUCAAGUAAAUAAGUACCCUAUAAUGUUUUGUUUUAAUUGCAAUAGUAUGUUCUCUCUCACUUGCCCUCUCUCUCUCUCUCUUCCAAAGUAUUUGCUCUGAUGAGUUUGUCUCUCUACUUGGAGAACAAUGAUUUGCUUUUUAAUCAUCUUGUUACUUGAGAUUUUUGUACUUUACAGAAUUACCACAAUUGAUUUGGUGUAGGCCAAUAGUCCAUUUACUUCUGUCGCUCUGCCUGCUUCACCUUCUAUUUCUGAUCUCUUUUCUUUCUUCCUGUUGUUUCAGGGGCAGCUGCUUCCAAAGCUGGUUUAAAAAUAAAUAGCUCUUCUUAUCACAUUGUCAGUGAUAUUUACACACAUUUUUGACUGCUAUUUAAAAAGGAAGAGACUAUCAAGAAAAUAUACUCUAAGAAAUAUGAAGUGCCUCUUUAGAAAUGGAGUAAGGCAAUGAUGCUGGCAUAUGGAGUUUAUUUAUACUGUUCUCCGAAAAAUAAAUACAUUAAUCUGUAUUGUAAGGGUGAAAUAUAAUUUGAAGAAAGAUAUUUGAGGCCUUGCUUUGAGUAUUCUCAUAAAGUGUUAAAUUUCUAUUGUUUAAGUUCAGUACAGUAACUUAAUACCUGUUAAUAAUAAACCUGGCACUGUGCUAAAACAAUAUACAAGUAUUAGAGUUUUGCAAGCAAGUUUUGAAAUGGAUAUGUAUGAUUUAUUUCAACAGGCAGAGAUAUUCCUUAAAGCUUUUCAUGUAAAAUGCUUGCUUAUUUCAUAGUCCUAAAAAUUCAUUUAUUCAUAAGCAGGAAAACCAAGCAACUAGGCUUUCAUUAAUAUUGUUAACUAGGUCACUUAUAGUAAACAUUUGAAGUUCCUGUAAUAUUCCUGAGGAAAUAGAAGUCCCUCUGUUGUAUUGAGAAAGUUGAAAGUUAUUAUAGAUGUCUGGACACAUGAUUAUGACUUUUCACAAAAAGAAGAGUUAUGGCAGCAUGUCUUCCAGCUCAGGUAUCCCUUGCUUCUACAAACAACCUAUACAUUUAUGGAUAUGCCUGUCGACCUGAAAAGAAGUUAUGAAAACCUGUGGAGAAUCUGCGUACUUUUCUGUUGUUUUAUUUAAAGAUUUAUUGUGUCUGGUUGGUUCAUAAUAUUGCUUGCUUCUAUUUUUUGGUGUGUAUUUAUUAAUUACUACUUUAAAACUUGCCAUCAUCUAUAAGGACAUUCAGAAAAUUUUUAACACACAAAAUAAGAAUAAUUCUGGCAUGAUAUUUGAACUUUCAGAGAUAGUAUUUACAUGUUUGACAUGAAAUAAAUUCCUAGGCAUAUUUGAUUUGAUAUCAGCUCUAUAGAUAUAUAGCCUAAAACAUAUUACUGUAUUUUAACUUUGUGAGGCCAUCAGAUCAUACAAAAAUUAACAAAUUAUCUACAAACGUAUGGAACAUAGAUUUGUUUUAUCAAAAUGCUGUUUCCUAUAUUUUAUAUUCUACAACUACUAGAAAAACUUUCAAAAGUUAGCUUUAAAUGAAGAAGUAGACUUUUUAAGUUGCACAUGGAAGAGGAAUGACCAGUAAAUAAAAUAAGCUUUCCACAUGUCUUCAUAAAAUUAUUGGAUUAAAUUCAGACACUGGAAUUAUUUUAAAAAGUUGAUUCAAAUGACUCCUACCAAAAUUACAUCAGGUCAAAUAUCAAGUAAAAAUAUUCAGCCUAAUUUGAAAAAAGAAUGCUUAAUAAAUAUACAUUUGCAUCAUCUAUGAGUUUCCCUCAUUUACCCUAUCUUUAGAUGAAAAUCACGUAGUGUGAAAUAGAAAAACCUGAUUGUCUUUAGCUGGAAUCAUGUAUAAUAAACCUGAUGAAUUUUUGGGGGCACAAAUGGUCGUUACAGCUUUUGAGGUCAAUGAGAAUGGUUACUGCUGAUUCUUUGUGUAACCAUAUGAGGAGGGGCCAAGUUUCCAGCAGUCACUGCAGAAGUAUGCUGAGUGAGAAUAAGCCCAUGCCAACCACAAAUGCAAGGAAGUCAGAGAUAUGGUCUUCAAAAAUGGUGUGUUCCUUUCUGAAGGAUCAAGGGGGAAAUAUUAUCACUUAUGAAAACAUAAAUAUAUGCAUAUAUAAUGUCAAGGGUGUCUAACAUAAAUAUUAAACACUUAGCCAAUGAAAAGAGUCCACAAGGAAGUGAUGAGAAGGCUGAGUUGUGGGGUGUAUCCAUGAGCAUGAACUCCUUCCUCUGAGCAUCACUUCUUUCUCAUAGAACAGUAUGCUCUCUCCCCUUUAAUUGAUAUUGUGCAAAGAUAAGACACACAUCACACACUUUCUUGCCUUGUAAGAAAAAAUGCUAUGUUUAAACAUAUAUAUUUGCACUCAUAUGAUUGAACUAUUUGCAUGCUAACAUACAUUAUUACCUAAAAAUUUAAAAAUAUAAGGUUUUAGUGAUAGAAAUUUAUGAAAUGAUGUUUGAAUCUUGAAUUCCUGGAGAAGCUUGGUAAUAUCCUUCCUUUUGCAAUUGUGUAACUAACAUUUUUGCUUGAAUGUCUAACAACCAUGUAAAAUUUAACAUUUUCCCAACCAAACUUGUCCAUCCUCUCCCUGAACCCCACCUCCCAUUAACCUCUUCACCUCACUAAAUGUCAAUUCCAAACAUAACGUUUCUAAGGAUGAAAACUUUGUUGUCAUCUCCUUCUCUUUCUCUCAAAGUCACGUUCGGUCAGCUUGCCCACAUCGUUGGCUGUCCAUCAAAAUGUACUCACGUUCUGACUACUUCCUUGGUAUUAGACUUCAACAUUUGUCAUGUGGAAUACUUUGAAAAUCUUAAAAUGAGUUUGCUUACUUCUUCCUUUAGCUUGUAGAGUCAAUUUUCAACACAUUAGCACGAAUGCACCUCUAAAAAUGUAACCCAAAUCCUUUUGUUUUUCUCAAACCUUCUGAAAGAGUAAACGCCAAAAUCAGACAAUGUUGUUGAGGCUGCUUCAUAUGAAAUUAGUAAGCAGCAGUAGAGCAGAAUAGCAUACUUUCUCAUUGGGCUGGCGCUUUGGUCUGUACAGUGUGAAAAUAGUUGUAAAAUAUUUUUAAAAGAUUUUAUUUAUUUUAUUUGAGAGAGUUACAGACAGUGAGAUGGAGAGACAGAGAGAAAGGUCUUCCUUCUGUUGGUUCACUCUCCAAAUGGCUGUAACAGCCGGAGCUGCAACAAUCCAAAGCCAGGAGCCAGGAGCUUCUUCCAGGUCUCCCACAUGGGUGCAGGGGCAUAGGGACUUGGGCCAUCUUCCACUGCUUUCCCAGGCCAUAGCAGAGAGCUGGACUGGAAGUGGAGCAGCCGGGACUAGAACUGGCACCUAUAUGGGAUGCUGGCACUGCAGGCGGAGGAUUAACCCACUGUGCCACAGUGCUGGCCUCGCAAAAUAUUUUAAGCUUUGCUUCUAAUAUCCUCUCACCCAAGACCUUGCCUUUUUUUCCCUCUUACAAAUCUCUCUCUAAUUCUAUGUUCACUUGCCAAGCUGCCAUCCUUACUGUUCCAGGAACUUAAUGAACUUGUCUAAGGGAAUUGCACUCUUUCCUUCUUUCUCUCAGAUAUCUGUGUGGUUUAUUCCUUUACUCAAUUCCUUUACUCAAUGCCACCUUCUUAAUGAGGACUCUGUUUCCCUAUUUAAAAGGAACGAGCUCUAUGGUCCUUAAUAGUUGCCUUUUAUGUUCCACAUUUUCUCCAUUGAAUUUAUCAUCUGAUAUACCAUACAGCUUAUUUAUUUAUUGUAUUUUACAUUUUCUCCUGACAGAAUAUGAACUCCAUACACACAGGGAUUUUUUUCUGUCCAUUUACUGUCAUAAUAAUAGUGCCUUGAACAAUACCUGGAAUUUAACAGCAAAUCCCUAAAGAUCCCAUAAAGAUCUUGAUUUGGUUCAGCAAGUUAUAUAGUUAUCAGUGAAAUACAUUUAAAGGAAUUUUUUCAGCUUUCCUCUUAAAAGCAUCAUAUUAUUAUUAUUCUUCAAAGAGGACAUUUUUGCUUUCUAGUGAUGAUAAUAUCAUGAACCAAAAAUUAUAUGUUCUUUGCCCAAAUCUGGUUUCUCUCUCAGAGCUCAAGUAUGGCAUCAGUGUUUCAGUUUUGUCUUUGAAAAUUACUCUUAUUUCUCUCAGGUACACUUGACUCUUGAGGCUAUGAGAUAUCUCAAAUGAAAAGCCCUUUUGAGAUCAAAACCAUGGUGAAUUAUUCUUCAUUAAUUAUCCUAGUUAGUUCCAAUUUUAAAAAAUUACAAGAGUUGACAGACCACAAUCUCUGAAGUAUUGGAAGCCAAUUAAAAAAGAAUAUGUGUGUAUAGUUACUUUUACUAGAAGUGGGGAAAAAAAAAAAGAUGACGAUUUGGAAAAGAAAUUGUGUUCAGUUCUUCUGUGACACAAUCAUAAAAUGAAUGAGGAAAUAUUUUUGGUAUUUCAUGAUUCUUUCCAUGACCUCUGAUUCUAUAUAACAUCACCAUUUAGCCUGUAAACCCUUUUAACAAGUCUUCCAACAGUUAGGCUUGAUAUUUGAGUUUUUAAAAAACCUGAUAAUUACAGUCCUGACACAAUGAUAGAAUUGCUCCUACACAUAUAGUCUUAACAGGAUUUUCAGAGUUCUCCUUUCUCCUCUUGAAUUUCAGCUAUCAAUUUCAGAACCUGACAAUUAUAUUUCCUGUUAUCAAGCAUACCAGAUUUUUCUUUCUUUCUAGUUGGACUGAGUACUCCAUAAUUUCAGUAACCACAUAUAUUCAGUACUACUUUUUGGUAUGAUGGGUUUCUGAUUUUAACUUUUCAUUCUUACCGAAUAUUUUCCUCAACUACAUUAUUGUGCCUUUCCCCAUCUUAUAAUAAUUCAAUCCUCCAAUCACCUACCAGACCUCCUAUUACUAAGACACUGAAACUAAAGACUUGUCAGAUGAUACUGAAGAAGGAACCAUAGCCUGAAAAAUAAGGAUAUAUAUUUGGAAAUGUUUUCAGAAGUCAAUCGGUCUGAUAGUGGCUUUGUGGUGAGUAAGGGCUCUGCUUCUUUUUUGUGUAUUAUGUUGAACUUGUUGAUACAAACUAUGUUUCUUGUCAGUUAUACAAAUGUAUGGCAAUCAGGGUCAAAACAUACUUUGGAAAACCUUGUUUAAAGAGGAGAACAAUGGCAUUUGCUCAAGAAAAUUCUUGUGUUUUUUAUUAAUUGAUCUUUAACGUCUGUAAUAUCCCUAUGCUAGUUUUAAAAAUGUAUUUAUCAUCAUUUCCUAAAUAAAGGGUUGAAAUUUCAAGUUCAAGAA